GUACCUUCUAGUGCACGUGAUAUCGCAUCGUCGUCUCCAUUAUGAAUUUAACAUUUGGUUUUAUUUUACUACUAUGCACGAGCGUUCUCGCUGAAUCUGUCAACAAGACGAAACGAGACGCUCCACUGGCUGACGGUUAUAACUACAACAGGCCGACAAAUGGACUGCAAUUGCCUGGAGGAGGCGGUGGAGGUGGUGCGAUCCCGCCAGCAACGAGCUACGGAGUGCCAGACAGACCGGCUCCGGUUCCUACCGCGCCUUCGGGAAAUUACGGAGCUCCGCAGUCCCCUUCGACGAAUUACGGUGCUCCGCCGCAGCAAAGUUUUGGACCUACUCCUUCACCAUCUGGUAGUUAUGGCGCUCCGCAAGUAAACCGCCCUUCGCCGAAUUAUGGCGCACCUCAACAGCCAUCGUCAAACUACGGUGCACCUGCACAAACGCCCUCGGUUAAUUAUGGAGCACCACAAAGGCCUUCAUCCGGUUACGGCGCACCUUCUAGACCUUCGACAUCAUAUGGAGUUCCAUCCCAAUCAUCUGGUUAUUCAUCUCCAGCUAGACCCUCAAGUAAUUAUGGCGCACCAUCACAGACCCCAUCUUCGAAUUAUGGACCACCAUCUCAAACUGGGACAACUUAUAAUGCGCCGGCUCAACGACCAUCUUCAAAUUAUGGAGCACCUUCCCAAGGUCCCUCAUCGAGCUAUGGCGCUCCUUCCCAAAGUCCUUCAUCGAGCUAUGGAGCUCCUUCACAAGGACCUUCUUCUAGUUAUGGGGCUCCAUCACGGCCUUCCACAAAUUACGGAGCGCCAAGCCAACAGUCUUCAUCAGGCUUCGGAAGUCCCCAAGCCCCAUCGACUUCUUAUGGAACACCAUCACAAAGACCUUCGAAUAGCUAUGGAGCUCCAUCACCUGGUGUUUCUAAUAGUUAUGGAGCUCCGGUUUCUCAACCUUCUUUUGGCUAUAACGCGCCAUCUCGACCUUCAACAAGUUAUAGUGCCCCUUCCCAACAACCGUCGACAAAUUAUGGAGCACCUUCUAAAGCACCAUCUUCAACGUAUGGUGCCCCUUCACAAGCUCCUUCUUCUAGCUAUGGAGCGCCUACAAGACAGCCAUCUUCCUCUUACGGAGCACCAUCAGGAGGUCCUUCAAGCUUUGGAGGUCAUUCUAACGCUCCUUCUUCUAGUUAUGGAGCACCAUCACAAGCACCAUCUGUCAACUAUGGUGCACCUUCCCAAGCCCCAACACGUCCCUUUUCUCCAUCAUCAAGUUAUGGCGCUCCUCAGGCUCCGUCUUCGAGCUAUGGUGCCCCUUCUCAAACACCAUCUUCUAAUUAUGGGGCCCCGUCUAGACCGUCUGCUCCUCCGUCAACCAACUAUGGUGCUCCUUCAAGACCGUCAGCGCCUUCGUCGAGUUAUGGAGCUCCAUCAUCUGGAACCUCAUCUAGUUAUUCAUCUUUUGUUAGACAAAGUUCUUCUUUAAGUAGUUCUUCAAGGCCUUCUUCCUCUUAUGGUGCGCCAGCCCAGCAACCAUCAUCUAGCUACGGUGCACCAUCUCAACCUUCCUUCAAUUACGGAGCACCAUCACAAACACCAUCAUCUAACUAUGGACCACCUUCAUCAAGACCAUCAACAAGUUAUGGCGCUCCAGCUCAAACACCGUCUUCUAGUUAUGGAGCACCUUCUCAAAGGCCAUCUACAAGUUAUGGAGCUCCUGCUCAAGGACCUUCCUCUAGCUUUGGUACGCCGUCACAGGCUCCUUCCUCUAGCUAUGGAGCUCCAUCACAAGGUCCUUCUUCCAGCUAUGGAGCUCCUUCCCAAGGUCCUUCUUCAAACUAUGGCGCUCCUUCUCAAAGUCCAUCGUCAAGUUAUGGAGCUCCUUCACAAGCGCCUUCGUCUAGCUAUGGCGCUCCCUCCCUGGGUCCUUCUUCAAGUUACAGAGUUCCUUCACAAGCGCCUACGUCUAGCUACGGAGCUCCUUCACAGGCUCCAUCGUCUAGCUAUGGAGCUCCUUCACAGGCUCCAUCAUCUAGCUAUGGAUCUCCUUCCCAAGGUGGUUCAUCAAGCCACGGAGGUUCUUCACAAGGGCCUGCACCAAGCUACAGAGCUCCUUCACAGGGUCCAUCUUCAAGUUAUGGAGCUCCUACACAGGGCCCGUCAAGUUAUAGUUCCCCCACACAGGGUCCAUCUUCAAGUUAUGGAGCUCCUACCCAAGGCCCAUCUUCCAACUAUGGAGCUCCUUCACAGGGGCCUUCGACUAGCUACGGAGCACCUUCACAGGCUCCUUCGUCUAGUUAUGGAGCUCCAUCGCAGGGACCUUCUACAAGCUAUGGUGCUCCUUCACAAGGGCCGUCAUCUAGCUUUGGAGCCCCUUCUCAGGUGCCAUCUUCAAACUACGGAGCUCCUUCACAAGGACCUUCUUCAAGUUAUGGAGCUCCAUCCCCGACGCCGUCUUCUAGCUACGGAGCCCCUUCACAAGGAUCGAUUUCCAGCCUUGGAAAUUCACACGUUCCUUCUUCCAGCUACAGAGCGCCUACAAGACAGCCAUCUUCCUCUUACGGAGCACCAUCAGCAGGUCCUUCAAGCUUUGGAAGUCAUUCUAACGCUCCUUCUUCUAGCUACGGAGCACCAUCACAAGCACCAUCUUCAUCCUACGGCGCGCCUUCCCAACCCCCAUCAACCAGUUACGGCGCCCCUCAAAGCUCUUCUGGCGGUUCUUACAGCAGAGGCACCUCUCAGAGGAACCCUUUCGCAGGGCAGACUCACCAAGUAUUUCCAGCAGUCCCUUCAAUCAGUUUCGGCCUUCCGGCUCAAUCUUCUCAAACCGGACAGUCAUACGCCUCCAACGGAGGAUAUUCGUACUAACACUUAAACCACCUGAUAUUAACCUUUUAAGAACUGUGUUUAGAAAGCCAUUUUUAUUUAUAAAUACUACUUUAAAGGAAAAUAAUUUAUAGAUUUUUUUGAUUACCAUUGGAUUACUUGUCAAACUUAUUUAUAAAGUUAUGUAAGUUAAAGAAUAUUUUUACUGUAAAUUAUUUUUGUAACUAGCUUUAU